GCAGCACCACCGGUCCCCGCGCAACACUUCCGCUGGCGACGCUCCACAAGUGGCCAAAGAGCUCACCUCGUUCACCGAAUCAAUCUACCCACCCCCUCGUCUUACGGUCUUCCGACCAACCACCCACAGAAGCCAGAGCACAACAACCAUGUCCCGCGGAAACCAGCGCGACACCGACAGGGCCAAGCGCCAGGCCAAGGAGGCCGCCAAGAACAAGGGCMACAACCGAGAAGGCACGCCCGCCCAGCGAAACCAGGAAGACGCGGCCAAGCUGCAGGCGAAGCUGGCGGCAAAGGCGGCCAAGAAGGCGGAGGCGGCGAACGCGGCCCCCGAGAAGGCCCCCGUGGCCCGGAAAAAAGUCCAGAAGAAAACCGAGACCCUGGACGAUUUGCUGAACGCCGGUCUGUCGAAGGGCAAGGGCAAGAAAAAAUAAGGAAAACAAAACGACGAGUUUGAGGGCGGUACAUCGAUGGAGUGCAUUGAAUGGUUUUACGUUUACGGCUGUACAUACAUCCGGCGGCGGGUGUACCGUUGGUCGAGAGCAAUCGAUCCGAUUGCUUCGAUGCGAUGCGAUGCGAUGCGAUGCUAUGCUCUGUGGAACUUUUCGAAUUCCGUCGUGAAAUGAAUUCGACACAAAUUACGUGUGUUCGAUUCAUGGAUGGAACUGCUUGUUGAACUGCCUAUUCUUUUUGAAACUGUUAGUGCUGCGUUUGCGAUUCUGUCCGAGCGAGACACUGCGGCCCCGAGGAGCAUUAKGUAGAUUAGAAUAAUUGGAUAAUUAAAAUAUUCCAUUGGU